GUCCCCGCCCCGUCCCCGCCCCGAGCAGGCGCGGUCCCCACUGCCGUGUCCGGGCCACGGGGCUACCGUGGGAUCACAGCCCCACAGCCUCCGCCGGCAGCCGCCACGCCGCAGGUAUCAGACGAGGGUUUGUUCUGCGGUGACGGAGCUGUCAGCUCUGCCUGGAAAAAUGUCAGACGGUUUCUCUUUAUCUGACGCUUUGUCCACCGGCAACAACCCCAACCCCAGUGCCCCCCCACCCCAAGGCUGGCCUUCCUGGGGGAACCAGCCACCGGCUCCUGGGGGGUUCCCGGCAUACCCCGGCCCUCAGGGGACCUAUCCGGGAGCAGCAGGGACCUAUCCUGGAGCCCCAGGAGCACCGGGGACCUAUCCCGGAGCAUAUCCUGGAGCACCGGGGCCGUAUCCUGGAGGACCAUCAGGACCGGGACCGUAUCCGGGAGCACCUGGAGCAUUCCCUGGAGCACCAGCAGGACCAGGGCCGUACCCUGCCCCAGGACAACCGCCCAGUGGCCCUGGAUAUGGGCCCCCUCCUCCGCAGGGGGGACCAGCUCCUCCCAUGAAAAUCCCCUUCGAGCUGCCCCUGCAGGCAGGACUUGUCCCUCGGAUGCUCAUAACCAUCACGGGGACCGUCAACCCCAACCCAGACAGGUUUUCACUGGAUUUCAAGAAAGGGAAUGACAUUGCCUUCCACUUUAAUCCCCGCUUCAAGGAAGACAACAGGAGAGUCAUCGUCUGCAAUUCAAUGUUCCAGAAUAACUGGGGAAAGGAGGACAGGACGGCUCCCAGGUUUCCAUUUGAAGCUGGAAAACCCUUCAAGCUCCAGAUCCUUUGCGAGGUGGAUCACUUCAAGGUAGCGGUCAAUGACGCUCACUUGCUGCAGUACAGCUUCCGUGAGAAGAAGCUGAAUGAGAUCACCAGACUGUGCAUUGCUGGGGACAUCACCCUCACCAGCGUUACGCCAACCAUGAUUUAACUACAGUGGUGUCAUUUUACUGCAAACUUAGUGCUCUUAAUACAGCUGUAACAGAAGUGCCCUCUUACAUGAAUCAUUUGAGGUAAUAAAACAUACUUUCACAAGUAAACUUUGUUUUCAAUAAGAUCUCAAAAGACAUGACAUCCUCCAGCAAGCCAAGUUCAAGUGUGGAAGUAUCCAAAUUCUUGCUGUAGAGACAGAGAUUCUCUUUCCUGAAGGCUGAUGACUAGGAGCCGUUAGAUUUGAAUGGAGAGGAGGACUUGGGAAAGCAGCCUGUGGACUAGGGCAGCCAUCUUCAACCCCAUCUUCUCCAAGUACCAGACAGCAGUCAGUAACUCAGUGUUUUUAGCCUGUUGCUCUGCUAGGUGGAACAGUUAUUCCUUUUGCACUGAAGGAAUCAAAAUAGUGCAGCAAAGGACUUAAGAUCCCCCCUCAGGGGAGAGGAGUUGUGCUGUCAAGCUACGAAUUCACAGAAGUGUCACCUCACUGCGGUUGUCCUCUACGAAACACUGGAGAGAACAGGGAAUGCUUGAGACCCUCUGAGCCUGACUAGAAUGAGGUAUUUCAAGAGGGGGUGCAGAACUGGAGGAAGCAAAACCUCUCCCCUAGGCCAUGGCUAGAAGAGUUACCCCUCUCCUUUGGUUCAAAGGCCCAUUCUGGUGGCCCAAAUCGGCCCAAGGGAGAUCCAGUUUGCACAAGCAUUACAUACUCCAGAGAACAGGUCACGAGCCUUGCACUUCUCUCCCCUCAUCGCUUCUGUGUGAGUCAAGCCCAGUUUCAAGGGUGGGGUGGUUUAUUGGCAAGUUCACCUCAUGAGUCAGGCUGGUAGGAAAAGAAAAAAUGUUCCCUUUGCUGUGAGUCAUUCUGGUCUUGUGUGCAAAACAAGAACAGCGCAAUAGCCGCUAUUAAAGUUUUCAAGGA